CGUGUGAGCGGCAACACUCGGCGUUUGAGGACUGGCAGUCGAUAAAGUCGAUGGGGUUCAGAGGAGAAGCACUUGCCAGCAUGACAUACGUAGCUCACGUCACCGUCACCACUAUUACCAAAGGCCAGUUGCAUGGCCAUAGAUUCUGCUGAUGAUCAUUCAAAGAUUGUAGAUUUGCUAAGCCGGUUUGCAAUUCAUCAUAUGAAUGUUAGCUCCCCCUGCAGAAAGCAUGGAGCUGCUGGAGCAGAUGUUCAUUCUGUUUCCACAGCAUCAGGGAUUGAUGCAAUUCGAUCGGUGUACGGGGGUGUCUGUUGCUCGCAGUCUGAUGAAAUAGAAGCUUCAGAUAAAGAUCCUUCUAGCUCAGUUUUUCAGAUGGACGGCUUUAUCUCCGAUUCCAAUUAUGUUGCGAAGAAGAUGACCAUGGUGCUUUUUAUAAAUGAUAGAUCGGUAGAUUGCAGUGAUCUGAAGAGAGCUCUAGAAGUUGUUUAUGCUGCAACAUUGCCAAAAGCAUCAAAACCCUUCAUAUACAUGUCAAUUAUGUUACCACCUGAACAUGUUGAUGUGAACGUUCACCCAAACAAAGAGAGAGGUAAGCCUUCUGAAUCAGGAAAUCAUCAUUGAGACACAAACAUUUCAGGAACAAUAGACAGAAUUGCACUUAUCUUCUGAAAAAAACAAACAAAACCCACCAAGCAGAAGAGCAGAAACAUUGUAAGCUAUCUGGACAGACUAUCCAGAAAUAUUAUCUGAUACAAAGUUGCAAAUAUGCCUCUAUAUCAAACACAAAACAUUGAAUUUCAUUACCUUCUUGUUAUUGACCUCUUUCUCAGUCAGAAUCGCCAGAGCUUCCGAACCGUCGACCAGGACCAUGUCACCUUCACACAACUGUGGCCGGAGCUGAAGAGGAGAUUCAGGAUUAUAAUAUAUCAUACUGACUUAUAUUCUUGUUGCAAACAUAAACAAGUGAUCAAAUAAAACCUAACCUGACCAUCUGACAAAU